CCAAAGCAACUCAUUUCUCAAAACCAACAGAUAAGAAGUUAAGAACAACAAGAUAACAACUCCAGACUAGUAGUGAAACCUCUAUUUGCCAUGGCAGCUUCCGCAACCGCGGCUGUCUUCUUCGGCAGCAGUUCCGGUCUAUGCCUCCGCCGCGGAGCAGAGUCCUCCAAGGGAAUAUUUUCUUCCAAGACCCAAGCAGUUUCCGAUAUUGGGUUCGUCACCGGUCAGCUCAGCGGCCUCAAAAUCUCCUACGACGUGUCGUCUCAGCUCCCCAGUCCCAUCUUCACUCCUUCCCUCCCUGGCCUUCAGCCCAUUGUUGCUCGUAGAAUUUGUCCUUUUACUGGGAAGAAAGCAAACAAGGCAAACAAGAUUUCCUUCUCUGCCCACAAGACCAAGAAGUUGCAGUUUGUGAACCUACAGUACAAGAGGAUUUGGUGGGAAGGCGGGAAGCGCUUUUUGAAGCUGCGCUUGUCAACAAAAGCAAUCAAGACCAUAGAGAAGAAUGGACUGGAAGCCGUUGCCAAGAAGGCCGGGAUAGAUCUUCGUAAGUGUUGAUAGCACUUGGUUCAUUAGAUUCUUUUGUAAGGCAUUCCUAAUCACUGUGUUUUGUUCUGUUCUACCGAGUACAUUUUGUUUCUAUCUACCUCACUAAUCUGUUAAUCUUUGUUUCUUACAAUCAAUGAGUUGUUAAUUCUGCAAGCUAUAAGUUCUCUUUCGCUCA